UGAGGUUAGUGAAGAUGGCGUGGUAAGUAUAUAGUCUGUCGCGUUUCACGCGGGUGUAAGUUUGUAGUCAGGCUGUGUGCGGUGUAUUCACUCUUCUGUGCUCAUCUCGGGUCAUUUUCUCGUCGGUACAUUCUUGUUGUAUAUUGACAUCGACUUGACCGUUUCGACACACCUGCCAAUCAACAUGGCACCUUCCGUCCUCCGUCUAGGAGCCCUACUGCUCGGUGCAGUUCACUCUGUCACUGCAGCACCCGUCGAAAUCAACGGCAGAGCGGUAUCAAGCACCCUCCUCUCCCAACUCGAAUUCUACUCCCAAUACUCCGCCGCAGCCUACUGUCUCGGCAACAACAACAGCCCCAACACCAAAGUCACCUGCCCCCAAGGCAACUGCGCCCGCGUAGAAGCCGCCAACACAAAUACACUCAGCGAAUUCGAAAACAGCAUAAAAUCCGAUGUCACCGGCUUCGUCGCCACAGACACAACCAACAAACUUAUUGUCAUAUCCUUCCGUGGCUCCCGCAGCGUCCGCAACUGGAUCACCAACGUCGCUUUCCCAGUGCUGCCGACGACGAUAUGCCCGACAUGUAAUGCAUCAACCGGCUUCUGGAACAGCUGGCUCGAGGCGCAGAAACCAGUUCUCGCUGCUCUGGAGACAGCGCGGAAACAGUAUCCUGACUACCGCGUUGUUGCUACUGGACAUUCGCUCGGUGGCGCACUGGCUAGUCUCGCCGCAGGCUACCUGCGAUCAAAAGGCACAACAGUAGACCUAUACACAUACGGCGCACCCAAAAUCGGUCUUGCAGGCGUGAGCGAUUACAUUACCAAGACAGGCAUGGGCGAGACGUACCGCGUCACUCACAAGAAUGACCCUGUGCCCAAGUUGCCGCCUGCGUUGUUGGGAUACCGCCAUAUCAGCCCGGAGUACUAUGUUACUAGUGGCAAUGAUGUGCAGCCCACGGCGGGAGAUAUCAAUAUGCUGACGGGGAAUUUGAAUCUCAAGGGCAAUGAGGGAGACUUUGGCGUUGAUGUUGAUGCGCAUUUGUGGUAUUUUGGCGAGAUUAGUGCGUGUGAGGGACAGCAGGGGAUUGAGAUUAAGGUGUAGAUGACUUUACGACUUUUAUAAGCAUCUUUUCUAAUGUAUAUAUUGCACUUUUAACACGUUUGCGCUGAGGAUUUGUGAAUAGUGAUGCGAUUGAUACCCCACAACUGGGUGAAAAAGAUGGCAUCGGCGCUGAAGGAAUAUGGCCACAAACUCGAUAAUGGCACAU